AGAGAUGGAAGGUGUGUUGAGGAGGAAGAGGAAGAAGAAGGGCCAGCGGGCGCGCUUGGCCCGCCUCGGCUGAGGGAAAGCUGUGGAGCUUGCAGCGCGAGCCAGUAGCAGCAGCAGCGCGUCGAAAGAGCUGCGCGAAGAGAGCAGCAGCAGCGGCAGGCAGUUCAUUGCGAGGAGGAGGCGCCUGGCGCUGCCGGGCGAGGAGGAAGCGAGGCAGGGAGGGGCCGCCUGGCUGGCUGAGGCUGGUGAGCCGAGGGGACGGCGCUGGUCGCUGUCCUGGGUGUUGAAGGGAGCCCGCCGGGGAGCGCCUGCAGCCUGGCCCCGGAGCCGCCGAGGUGGCAUGGACUGAGCCGCUGCGAGGGGACAGGAGGACCAGGCGGGCCGGGCAAGCAGGCAGCAGGCAGGCGCUUGCCAUGGGCCACGCAUGAUGGGGUCGCCCGGCACCUCCAGCCUCGCGUUCCGCCUGCUGCAGCAGCUGCUCCUGGUCCUCGUCGUCGCCCGGCACCGAGGCGGAGCCGCCGCCGCCGCCAGCGCCUCUGGAGCAGAGGCCAAAUUCGGCUGCCUGUUUGAGGAUGACCUUUGCAAAUCAUUUGAAAUCUGCAUAAAUGAUGGAGUAUUUGGGAGAUGUCAACAGGUGCCAGUGAUAGACGUGUACAAGUAUGAAGUUUCACCGCUCAUCCUCCAGCACUUGAGAAUUGUCCUAGAGAAGCUAUUACACAGAGGUUUUACCUGGCAAGAUGAUUAUACACAGCAUGUUAUUGCCCGUGAAGUCUCAUAUCUCCAUAAGAUUCAUGAUUGGCACCCUGAGGCUUUCUCAUCAGAAGAGCCUGAUGCACAGAGGUCCGCAAAGCAGAAAGCUGAAAGCAACAGGAAUUUAGGUCUGGAAAAGGAUGUGAACUUUGCCAAGUCUCCUCAGCAAUACCUUGCCUAUUUGGACAUUCUCUCCCAGUCUGCAAUUCCAAAUUUAUAUUCAAAGAUAAGAGGCAACAAAGCUCCUCUUAAGGUUGAUAACGUCCCACCUGACACCAUCAUCAACUACAUGGUGCAGAACUCCAAAGGAAAAGCUCCUGCUUUAACCCAUUCAGCAGCAGCCCAUUCAAAAUAUACUGAGAACAUCCCAGUGAGAACCUUCAGCCAACCACAGAGAGAUAAAUUCCCACUAAAGCCAGAUGACGGAUUUGACAGAAAAGCUCUGUUGGCGGCAUUAAAUGCAUAUAUCUCUCAGAAAGUUGCGGCAAAAAAUCUUGACGGGAGUUCUCCUGUUAGUAGGACUAAAGUGUCUCCUCCCUAUACCAAUCGGCUCAAGCUUCCUCAGGCUGAUCAUCUUGAUGGAACAAUGUUGAAAGAGAAACCAGGAGAUAUUGAGAUGAGGCCACCAUUCACAAGGAGGCCUGGAUCUGGACUGGUGCCUGGUUCUGUCCAGAGCGAUACGAAGGCCCCUCUAACUCCAGUAGACGAAAUAUUUAUUCAGGAUGUUCUGAGGGACCUGAAGAAACAUCAUGUGGAUGUAGAUAAGUUGAGCCCGCUAGAGCUGGACGAGAUGGCAGAUAUCAUUGCUGAUGCCAUUCAAGCUGUUGAUGUAGAUGAAGAAAAGAAGAAUGCCGCUGGGAAGGUUGGAGGAGAGGCAGAAGAGAAGAGAGUGGAUGCCGAAGGAAAAGAUGAUUAUGAGAUGGGAUUAAUGAGCGCCGGUUACCCUUUACAAGAUGAAGGGGCACAGAAUGAAGAUGCCAGGACUAAAAACGAGGAGAACCAUUUGAGUAAAAAACUACUUGAUUUCCUGAAUGAGGAUAUCGCAACUGAAAAUCUUCUUAGGGAGCCUAUGUCCAAAGAAUCUUUUAAAACAGAAAUGAAGAAGUCGGAGGAUUUAGAUCUCUCCUCCUCUUCCUCUGAGGAAGUGAAGGUUGGGGUUGAAAAUGUGAAGAGCGAAACAUUCUCCAGGGAGUUGAUAGCUGAAAAGAAAGCUGAGUCGGAACCUAACUCUCAAGAGCUGACGGAGCUUCAUCACUGGAUUAAGAAUACUUUGAUUCAGGAUAAAACUGUCUAUGAAGAAACUCAGAAAAAAUUGGGAGAAGGCCUUCAGCUGGAUGCCAAGCCUUCUAAAGAGGACGAAUAUGGAUACAUUGUGACAGAGAAAGACCCUCUGAGCGAGGAAAAGGGUCUGGAGUUAAUAAAGCAAGUUGCUGCCCAGCUGAAACUGCAGAUGACGGCCUUUGCUGAUAUCAACAUGCUGGGGCCAGCUGUGACCUUCAAAGUGCACUCAAAUGUCUUCAAUAUCACCACAGCCGAUGUUGCCAAAGCAGCAGCUGACAACAAAGACAAGCUUGAAAAAGCAACAGGAGUGAAAAUUUUGCAGAUUGGCAUGGGGGAGAAAAGCAAGCUCCAGCGUUUGCCCCACCAUGCCCAGGAAGAGAGAGACACCACCAAAUUCAUCAUACUAACCCUCCUCUCCAUCGCUUGCAUUUUUGGGAUCCUUGUGGCUUCUGGGGUCAUCUAUUGCCUCCGCCACAGCUCUCAUCACAGACUGAAGGAGAAGCUGACAAGCCUGGGCUCGGACAACAGCUCCAGUGCGACUGCUGCUUAUCAGGAGUUGUGCCGCCAGCGUAUGGCAGUGAAAACCUCCGACCACCCAGAGCCUCUGCAUACGUCUCGCAUUAACAGCAUAUCUUCGCAGUUCAGCGAUGGGCCCCUCCAGAGUCCUUCUGCUCGAAGCAGCACUUCAUCCUGGUGCGAAGAACCAGUCCAGUCCAACAUGGACAUUUCUACUGGGCACAUGAUAUUGUCCUAUAUGGAAGACCACUUGAAGAACAAGAAUCGCCUGGAGAAAGAAUGGGAAGCACUUUGUGCUUAUCAGGCUGAGCCCAACGCAGCUACCAUUGCACAUAAGGAAGAAAACGCCCAGAAGAACCGCUCGCAAGAUGUGGUAGCGUAUGAUCAUUGCAGGAUAUGUUUGAAAGCUGAAAACAGUCACGACAACUCGGACUACAUCAACGCAAGUCCUAUUAUGGACCAUGAUCCUAGGAACCCUGCUUAUAUAGCUGCUCAGGGCGCCCUGCCUUCUACGGUCACAGACUUCUGGCAGAUGGUCUGGGAAAACGGCUGUGUCGUUAUUGUCAUGCUGACACCCCUUGCUGAAAACGGAGUCAAACAGUGCUACCACUAUUGGCCAGAUGAAGGGUCAAACCUCUACCAUAUCUACGAGGUAAAUCUGGUCUCAGAGCACAUUUGGUGUGAAGAUUUCCUUGUGAGAAGCUUCUACUUGAAAAACCUACAAACCAAUGAGACUCGAACCGUGACACAGUUCCAUUUCCUUACCUGGCAUGACCAGAAAGUGCCCACUUCCACAAGGUCCCUUCUGGAUUUUCGCAGAAAAGUAAACAAGUGCUACAGGGGUCGUUCUUGUCCGGUAAUUGUUCAUUGCAGUGACGGUGCGGGAAGAAGUGGAACCUACAUCCUAAUUGACAUGGUUCUCAAUAAAAUGGCCAAAGGUGCUAAAGAGAUUGAUAUUGCUGCUACUCUGGAGCACUUGAGAGACCAGAGACCUGGCAUGGUCCAGACAAAGGAACAGUUUGAGUUUGCGUUGACGGCAGUUGCGGAAGAAGUGAACGCAAUCCUCAAAGCUCUUCCGCAGUGAGCAACUCCUCGUCUCCGGAAGGUUCCCAAGGCGCUCGUCUCCCUCUUCCAUUAUCCUCGGUCCCUGUGAAUGUCAUUGGAAACCGUGGCCUGACCUUAACUUGUGUGUCUGCUAUUGUAACCACAUAUCGAUAGGGAUCUUUACAAACUUCUAUUGCCGGUGAAAAGUCCAGCAGUUAAUGUAUAUCCUUGUUCUUGUUAUGGUAUUCAGAAAUAAUACACACUGAGACCUUGGCUUAAGAGACAAGAACAAUCCCUCUAGUUCCUCUUAACACCCACGAUGUUCUGAAUCUCACACGUUGAAAGCACAUGUACACCUUGUUAAUAGAAAACACACCGUGUUGUGGAUGCGCAGUGCAUUCAGUGUAUCUUUGGCAACAUAGUGCUCUCUUGUGUAUCUGUAAACUUCUCCAGGACUGAAUAAAAGAGGCAGGGGGCCUAAUUAUUACUUUUUUGAAAAUAAUAAAAAAACCAAGCGUAGGGGGUUGUUCUUACAAAGGCCAAGCAAGACCAGAGAACAAUGGCACGUGUUAGUAAACACAGCUCCGACUUCUUGCAUAAAGAGGCUGCGCCACUUCAUGCUGCGCUUGGCAAAAGGAACACUUUUCUUAACGGUUGUUUACUUUCCAUCUUCUGUGCAAUGAAUAGAGGCAAAUCUGAGCUCUUAAGUCCAGAGACCCGCACAGUUAGCACAACCAGGGAUAAAAAGUCGGUCACGUUAGCAGGAGCCCAAGUUUCCAAAGAGCACAGCAAACUUUUUUAUUGUGAAUCACUGCCCUAAUAGAGGGAAAGAAAGGCAAAGUAAUUGAACUUCACAAGAGGGUUUGAAAGCCUCUGUGUUGGCAAACUGCUGAAUGUUGGUUUUCUUUCUUUUUCUUUUAGAAUUAGAAGAGAAAUUGCGUCUACCGUUGUGUUUAUAUCUCGAGAUUAAUUUACCUUUUUAAAAAAUCCAAAAGUGCAUGCUUUUUUAAAGACCGGUAAAGAGAUUUUUUUAGGAGCUUUCGGUCAUAUCUGAUUGAAUUGCUAGCAUAUAGUUAUUCAAAAUUAUAGCAGGUUCCUUUUUCCACUUGAUUCCCAAAUUUGCAGAAUAAUUUAAAACCAAUAGUAGUUGCCUUUAGUUCUUAAUCCACUUACAAGUAGCCUUAUUUUACAUUAUGUUACUUGCACAUAAGUGCUUUUAGGAUUGCUAUCUUUUACUAUAAAACUGUCCAAUAAUUCCCUUUUAAACAUAAGAGGGUGUGAUCCAGCCUCCUCCUUCUGCACAUGCAAAGCUGCAUACAAGGAGGCUUCAAUGCCCCUGGCAUUUGCUGAUUUCAAUUUGCUGAUUGAAACGUGCUUUUGCAGGAAACAUCUUCAUUUGCUUGAGCUUUGAAUUAAAGAAGAUUACUUGAAUUACUGUGUAGUAUGCUAGCUAUUAAUUAUUUGUUUCCAUGCUUCUAGCACUUAACUGUGGCUCUCAAUCUGAGGUGUGUGUCUGUAAAUUUCUGUACAGUUACGUUUUGUUUUAAAUGUAUAAUUUGGCUAGAACAGUUAGAUCACAGCAUCCUGUGAAUGAAAUCACAUGUUUCAAUUCUUGAGCACAGUCCACCAAGCACAGCUGAAGCACACUCUUGUCGGUUUCAAUGGGACUUCCAUGGCCCAUCCACCGGCCACUACUGCUACGCAUCCUGUCUUCGUCACACUUGCAAGCCCCACUGAAAUAUACGGAAGAUGUGGAUUAGCAGCGCUUAGAGGAUUAGACCCUUUAUCUCCAUUGUUUAAUGUAAGCAUCUAUGCGGUCUCCUAGUAAUUAAAGAAUUGUUUUUAAAAGCUC